CGCUUGACAAGUUGACACAAUUGACAAUAUUGAUUAAUGAUAAUCACAAGCACAGAGAUAUUCGUGUAUAAUGUUUUUGUUUUAAUUUAUUAUUUAUUUUCACUCACUCCAUCAAAAUGGAUUUUACUUUGAACGACGAAAUAAAAAAGGACAUAAUAAAUAAUCUGAAUAUUAAAAUAGGUAACGAUAUUAACUUAGAUAAUGUUGCUGAAAUACAAAGUGAUUUAUUGGAUAAAAGAAAACAUCUUGAAAACUGCUUACAUGCUGCGAGCGAUGUUGUCCCAACGAAACUAACUUCUGCUAUCAAAAAGGCUGAACUUAACUCAAAGCAAAUAGAAAAAAUAAGAGAAAAGAUGGCAGUGAUGGUCGAAAAAGUUGAGACUUAUAUGACAAAAACGCAACCAUUAAUGACAGAGCUUGAUAAAAGGUUUUCUGCCAUACAUAGACUGGAGGAAGUAUUAGUAUAUUUCCAGUCAUAUGCUAGAGUUGAAGAACUAAGCAACCAAAUGAAACACUGCAAAGAUGAUGAACAGUUGGUAUCACUUUAUGGAGAGAUUAAGAACAUGUGCAAUCGCUACCAAAAUACUCAUUGGAAUACAUAUGUCAAAGAAUACACACAUUACUGGCAUAAUGUUUUGAAAGAUAACCUCAUAAGACAUUAUGAAGAUAUACUUAAGACACUGAAAUGGCCAUUCACCUCAGCUUCAGAACAUUCCCAGGUCCCGAAAGAAGUUAUGAAUAAAUUUAGUAAUCUUACAAGGUAUCUAUUUCUGAUACGAGAACCAAAAGAUAUGGUUGUUGAAGCUGUUUCUGGGGAUUUCACAAAAGACCAAGAACCCUGUUUGCCUGUGAAAGUUCUGUUAAAACCUUUAAAAAAAAGAUUUACAUUCCAUUUCACGGGAUCACGACAGACAGCCAGAAUUGAUAGGCCUGAAUGGUUCCUCACUCAGACUCUGACAUGGAUAAAAGAUCAUCAGAAUUUUGUAAUUAAUAAUGUGCAACCCAUUGCUGAUAAACUAGACAUAUUGAAUGUUAAUGCUGUGGAAGAAUUUAAUGCAGGGUUGAUAGCUCUGGCAGCUGAAAGACUACACACAGUUUUAGCAAUUUAUCAUACACAAAGCUCUAAAGGAGAGAUAGUUGAUGUGGAUGCAGCAUUUGCGCAUGCUGUGGACGAGACUUUAGGUUUUCACAAAGAAUUGAUGACUAUAACCGACAAUGAGAUUAACAAUGUUUUAUCUGUGUUGACCAAAGCCGAAACUUUUGUAAGAUGGUUAUCUGUUGAAAAGAAAUACGCCCUGGCGAAGAUGGACGAGACGCUCGACAGCGAGCAGUGGAUCGAGCCGGUGGCGGGCGGCGUGGGCGCGGCGGUGGGCGCGCUGCUGUGGGUGCCGCGCGGCGCCGACUGGUUCGUGUCGCUGCUCAAGACCAUCGAGGACCGAUACGCCAUCCUGCCGCAGCCUGGCCACCGAUUGCAAUUCCUAGAGCUCCAAUUGGAGUUGAUUGAAGAAUGGCGUGUACGUCUGACGCAACUGCUAAGUGCAGCUGCCGCCGCGCUGAAGACCGAGUCGUUCCUCGUGACGGGUCUGCAUCCUCUGAUAGCUAUCAUCAACACGGCGCACCACACCCGGACCGUGCUCUUACAGUGGGCCCACUGUCUGCAUUAUCUGCAACUGCACUACUACAGACACCAGUUCCAACACUUCACGCAACAGCAGCACAGGGAUGACGAGAGCGAGUCCUCAUCCAGUUCAGACGAUGAUGAAGAAGAUACUGAUGAGGAUAACACAAAACAAGAAGAAGAAGAAGUUGACGAAAAUAUGACUUUGAAUGAUGUGGAGGAACGAGCUAAGAAGUUGGCUCUGAACGAAGUGAUUAGAAGGAACUCUAUGCUUGAGACGAGUCAGUAUGAUAUCACUUCACCUAUAACUAAUCUAGCGGUAGCAGAACCUCUAGUAGACGAAGACUUGGAAGAAGCCGGAGUGUUCGGAGACGCGCCCGCCCUCCUCGCACACCUUAGGGAUGCGGGUGUCGCCGCGCUCGCUGAGCACAUCCUGCUCGAGUUCAAGGCCACCAUCCGACACUACAAGAAGCAAAAAUGGCACGCCAUGCUGACGAUGGAGGAGCGCGCGCUGUCGGUGUCGGGCGCGCUGUGCGGGCCGCUGGCGGCGCUGUGCGCGCGCGUGGCCAGCGCGCAGCUCGUGCUGGCGCCGCCGCUCGCCGCGCACCUGCGCGCGCACCUCGCCGCGCGCGUCGACGACCACGUCUACGAGGAGGUGGUCCUAGAGAGUUGGUUCAACACAGGCGGAAGUCUACAGUUCACUCACGACGUACAGAGAAACCUCGUGCCUGCUUUCGCGCCACCAAAUAAAAAUGCAUCACAACUUAAUCUACUACCGAAGCUCAACGAUGCAUGCAAACUCCUCAAUAUGGAUUACGGUGACGCACGUCGUAUUCGCACUGAAAUAGUUAAGCAGCCAGACGAAGCAGUGAUAUCACUCAACGACCAAGGCAUCAUGCACAUACCACCAAACGAAGCCCUACGUAUCCUCAACCAGAGGACGGAUCUCUGCAAUACCAGCUCACCGUCAUCCGUCAUGGAUUUGUUUUGACGAUACGAAAGGGGAGGCGUGCGUGUACAUCACUAGAUGUACAAGCCCCGGAGAAGAUUGUAGAGGAAACUGUUUAGGUAACCUUUCAAUAUUAUUUGAAAACUGUGACCGACAUGCGUACUCCAUCGAAAUGUAAGGAUGAAUUAUGGAAAUAAAAAAAAAAUGGUGUUACU